ACGGACGGCAGCUACGUGUGCUCGUGCGCAGCGGGGUACUCCGGCGACGGCGUGACGUGCGUGGACAUCAUCGAGUGCGCGAACAGCACGGCGCACUCGUGCAGCGCGGGCUCGUCCGUGUGUCGCGACGUCCCGGGCUCCUACGUGUGUGAUUGUAAGUUUGGCUUUGAGGGAGCGCAGUGCUCGGACAUUGACGAAUGUGCUCUGACCGGCCAUGCCACGCUGUGCCCUGAAAUGGCCACCUGCAAGAACACCGUUGGCAAUUACGAGUGCAAGUGCCCGGUUGGUUACGCAGUCGGAACGGAUUUCAACGGCAUGCCGGCAUGCGUCGACAAGAAUGAGUGUACGAACGGAGAGGCUUCUUGCUCGACCAACUCCACGUGUAGCAACACCGAUGGGAGCUACACGUGCACGUGCAGCGUGGGCUUUGCUAGGGACAGCGCGGCGGGACUGUGCAAGGACGUGGAUGAAUGCACACUGGCUGCUUCGCCCUAUCCAUGCCACCAGGCGGCCGAAUGCACUAACACGAACGGCAGCUAUCGCUGCGCCUGCACCUCUGGUUACAGCGGCACCGGCACGUACUGUGAGGAUAUUGAUGAGUGUAAACAACCAGCCGCCGCCAGAACACUGGACUGCCACGCCAACGCAUCCUGCGCCAACAGCGAGGGCUCGUACUAUUGCGCGUGCGAUCGCGGCUUCGUCGGCGACGGAGUGAGCUGUGCAGAUAGGAACGAGUGCGGCGAGUGCGGCACGUGCUUGGAGAACUCUGAGUGCGUCAACACCCGCGGUUCGUACAGCUGCCUGUGCAGAACCGGUUUCUACCACUACGGUGCCGUGUGUCUGGACCUGGACGAAUGCCAGACCCCGGCGAACAACACGUGUGACGCGAACGCCGCGUGUCGCAAUACCCUGGGAUCACACGAGUGCUCGUGCCUGCCGGGAUUUACCGGCAAUGGCCGGCAGUGCGAUAGCGUGAACGAGUGCGGCGGCGGCGCGAGCGUUUGUGCCGCCAAGAAUACGGUGUGCAUUGACGUGUUCGGCUCUUAUGAGUGUGAGUGCCAGACGGGAUACACUGGCAACGCUCACACGAAUUGCACCGACGUGAACGAGUGUAAUGUCGUGGGCACCUGUCACGAAUCAGCGCAGUGCAUGAACAACCCGGGCAAUUUUACCUGCACAUGCAAUACAGGUUACAGUGGAGAUGGACAGCAGUGUGCUGAAAUAAAUGAAUGCUCAACUUUCGCUCACAACUGCCAUUCUGAUGCUACCUGUAGCAACAGUGCAGGAAACUUUACUUGCAGUUGCAAUAGUGGUUACUUUGGCAAUGGAGAGACAUGCGAAGACAAGGAUGAAUGUGCUCCUGGAGCUGUACCAGUGUGCAGUGUAAACUCUCAAUGUGACAACGUUCCUGGUUCUUUCCAUUGUAAUUGCUUCACUGGCUACUUGAAGGAUGGAGUAUCUUGCGUGGAUAUCAAUGAAUGUACUAAUAGUUCUUACACUACCAACUGUCACACUCAUUCGACAUGCUCAAACACCAAGGGAAGCUAUGUGUGCAUCUGUCAUGAAGGAUACAACGGUCAGGGUAUAAACUGCAUCGAUCACGACGAAUGUUACAAUGGUGGCCAUGAUUGCCAUGACAACGCGAUGUGCUCCAACACAGCGGGAGGUCAUAAUUGCUCAUGUGACCCCGGUUAUGAAGGUCCAGGUACAUACUGUUCAGAUGUGGACGAGUGUGCACGUCAUCAUCACGACUGUUCGUCGGAUGCCACUUGUCAGAACAACAUCGGUAACUUCAGUUGUUCAUGUAAUUCAGGAUACAAGGGUAAUGGAAAGAGUUGUGUGGAUGUUGACGAGUGCCUGAAAUCACCGUGUGACGAGAAUGCCAACUGUACGGACACCGUUGGAAGUUUUACUUGUGCAUGUAUACAUGGUUAUACAGGAACAGGAAAGUUCUGUGUGGACAUAGAUGAAUGUUCGAGUUCCAAGGACAACACGUGUCACAGUGAUGCAACAUGUUCAAACAAAAAGGGUUCCUACAUUUGUACAUGUAAUAGUGGUUUUCACGGCGAUGGCAUAAACUGCGCAAACAUCCAUGAAUGUUCCAAUUCAUCAACUUGCACCUCGAACUCUACCUGCACAGAUAAUGUCGGUUCGUAUACAUGCAAGUGCGAUAGUGGUUUCUCAGGUGAUGGGAUUUCGUCAUGUUCCGAUGUGGACGAGUGUUUGGUGACAACCUCUUGCCAUGCUGAUGCAAUCUGCACGAACAGUGACGGCACGAACUGCAUUGAUCACAACGAAUGUCAGGCGGACAGCCACGAGUGCCAUCCUAAUGCCACGUGCUCCAACACGGUGGGAGGUCAUAAUUGCUCAUGUGACUCAGGUUACGAAGGUCCAGGGACCUACUGUUCAGAUGUGGACGAGUGUGCACGUGAUCUUCACGACUGCUCGUCGGAUGCCACUUGUCAGAACAACAUUGGCAACUUCAGUUGUUCAUGUAAUUCAGGAUACAAGGGUAAUGGAAAGAGUUGUGUGGAUGUUGACGAGUGCCUGAAAUCACCGUGUGACGAGAAUGCCAACUGUACGGACACCGUUGGAAGUUUUACUUGUGCAUGUAUACAUGGUUAUACAGGAACAGGAAAGUUCUGCGUGGACAUAGAUGAAUGUUCGAGUUCCAAGGACAACACGUGUCACAGUGAUGCAACAUGUUCAAACAAAAAAGGUUCCUACAUUUGUACAUGUAAUAGUGGUUUUCACGGCGAUGGCAUAAACUGCACAAACAUCCAUGAAUGUUCCAAUUCAUCAACCUGCACCUCGAACUCUACCUGCACAGAUAAUGUCGGUUCGUAUACAUGCAAGUGCGAUAGUGGUUUCUCAGGUGAUGGGAUUUCGUCAUGUUCUGAUGUGAACGAGUGUUUGAUGACAACCUCUUGCCAUGCUGAUGCAAUCUGCACGAACAGUGAGGGAAAGUUUGAUUGCAGUUGCAAACCGGGUUACAGUGGAGAUGGACAGCAGUGUACUGAAAUAGAUGAAUGCUUAACUGGCAUUCACAACUGCCAUUCUGAUGCUAUCUGUAGCAACAGUGCAGGAAACUUUACUUGCAGUUGCAAUAAUGGUUUCUUUGGCAAUGGAGAGACAUGCCAAGACAAGAAUGAAUGUUAUGGAGCUGUACCAGUGUGCAGUGUAAACUCUCAAUGUGACAACGUUCCUGGUUCUUUCCAUUGUAAUUGCCUUACUGGCUACUUGAAGGAUGGAGUAUCUUGCGUGGAUAUCAAUGAAUGUGCUAAUAGUUCUUACACUACCAACUGUGAUGCUCAUUCAACAUGCUCUAACACCAAGGGAAGCUAUGUGUGCCUCUGCCAUCAAGGACAUAGCGAUAACGGCACGAACUGCAUCGAUCACAACGAAUGUCAGAAUGGCGGCCAUGAUUGCCAUGACAACUCGAUGUGCUCCAACACGGUGGGAGGUCAUAAUUGCUCAUGUAACCCAGGUUAUGAAGGUCCAGGUACCUACUGUUCAGAUGUGGACGAGUGUGCACGUCAUCUUCACGACUGUUCGUCGGAUGCCACUUGUCAGAACAACAUUGGUAGCUUCAGUUGUUCAUGUAAUUCAGGAUACAAGGGUAAUGGAAAGAGUUGUGUGGAUGUUGACGAGUGCCUGAAAUCACCGUGUGACGAGAAUGCCAACUGUACGGACACCGUUGGAAGUUUUACUUGUGCAUGUAAACCUGGUUAUACAGGAACAGGAAAGUUCUGUGUGGACAUAGAUGAAUGUUCGAGUUCCAAGGACAACACGUGUCACAGUGAUGCAACAUGUUCAAACAAAAAGGGUUCCUACAUUUGUACAUGUAAUAGUGGUUUUCACGGCGAUGGCAUAAACUGCACAAACAUCCAUGAAUGUUCCAAUUCAUCAACCUGCACCUCGAACUCUACCUGCACAGAUAAUGUCGGUUCGUAUACAUGCAAGUGCGAUAGUGGUUUCUCAGGUGAUGGGAUUUCGUCAUGUUCUGAUGUGAACGAGUGUUUGGUGACAACCUCUUGCCAUGCUGAUGCAAUCUGCACGAACAGUGAGGGAAAGUUUGAUUGUAGUUGCAAACCGGGUUACAGUGGAGAUGGACAGCAGUGUACUGAAAUAAAUGAAUGCUCAACUUUCGCUCACAACUGCCAUUCUGAUGCUAUCUGUAGCAACAGUGCAGGAAACUUUACUUGCAGGUGCAAUAAUGGUUUCUUUGGCAAUGGAGAGACAUGCGAAGACAAGGAUGAAUGUGCUCCUGGAGCUGUACCAGUGUGCAGUGUAAACUCUAAAUGUGACAACGUUCCUGGUUCUUUCCAUUGUAAUUGCCUUACUGGCUACUUGAAGGAUGGAGUAUCUUGCGUGGAUAUCGAUGAAUGUACUAAUAGCUCUUACACUACCAACUGUCCAACUCAGUCAACGUGCUCAAACACCAAAGGAAGCUAUGUGUGCCUCUGUCAUCAAGGAUAUAAAGGAAGGAAUUCAUCACUCCUGUCUGCAACUACUGCACCACCGACCACGAACGGAACAGAUAGCGUAUACAAAGAACUAACUGGCUAUCACUUUUGUUCCGGUACCCAAACUGUUCUCAUGGCGGUCGGUCAUAGAGUUGACUAUGCAACCGCCGCGCAAACCUGCAAACGGCACAAUGGCGAUGUCCUCAGCGCAGCGACAUUCAAUGCAAAGUGUACGCUUGGCCACGUGGGUCCUGCCUGGUUGAGCGGCAAUGGCUAUACAAGAGCUGACAAACGUAGAGUAGAGUACUCUACUCAGGGAUUUGGAUUUUUUUCAACCCAACAUUUGGAUGCUAUAUGUGAAAUGUCUUGUGAACGCACUGCGGGAGAUAAUAUCGCCAGCAUAACAGCGGACGGUUAUGUCGUUUGUAACCCUGGAUAUGUCUACCCCCAUAGUCAACCAGUGUGCGAAGGAACGGCACAGGUUUUCUCUUGUGUUUAUAACGGCACGGACUGCAUCGAUCACAACGAAUGUUACAAAGGCGGCCAUGAUUGCCAUGACAAAGCGAUGUGCACCAACACGGCGGGAGGUCAUAAUUGCUCAUGUGACCCAGGUUAUGAAGGUCCAGGUACCUACUGUUCAGAUGUGGACGAGUGUGCACGUCAUCUUCACGACUGUUCGUCGGAUGCCACUUGUCAGAACAACAUUGGUAACUUCAGUUGUUCAUGUAAUUCAGGAUACAAGGGUAAUGGAAAGAGUUGUGUGGAUGUUGACGAGUGCCUGAAAUCACCGUGUGACGAGAAUGCCAACUGUACGGACACCGUUGGAAGUUUUACUUGUGCAUGUAUACAUGGUUAUACAGGAACAGGAAAGUUCUGUAUGGACAUAGAUGAAUGUUCGAGUUCCAAGGACAACAUGUGUCACAGUGAUGCAACAUGUUCAAACAAAAAGGGUUCCUACAUUUGUACAUGUAAUAGUGGUUUUCACGGCGAUGGCAUAAACUGCACAAACAUCCAUGAAUGUUCCAAUUCAUCAACCUGCACCUCGAACUCUACCUGCACAGAUAAUGUCGGUUCGUAUACAUGCAAGUGCGAUAGUGGUUUCUCAGGUGAUGGGAUUUCGUCAUGUUCUGAUGUGGACGAGUGUUUGAUGACAACCUCUUGCCAUGCUGAUGCAAUCUGCACGAACAGUGAGGGAAAGUUUGAUUGCAGUUGCAAACCGGGUUACAGUGGAGAUGGACAGCAGUGUACUGAAAUAAAUGAAUGCUCAACUUUCGCUCACAACUGCCAUUCUGAUGCUAUCUGUAGCAACAGUGCAGGAAACUUUACUUGCAGUUGCAAUAAUGGUUACUUUGGCAAUGGAGAGACAUGCCAAGACAAGAAUGAAUGUUAUGGAGCUGUACCAGUGUGCAGUGUAAACUCUAAAUGUGACAACGUUCCUGGUUCUUUCCAUUGUAAUUGCCUUACUGGCUAUUUGAAGGAUGGAGUAUCUUGCGUGGAUAUCAAUGAAUGUACUAAUAGUUCUUACACUACCAACUGUGAUGCUCAUUCAACAUGCUCAAACACCAAGGGAAGCUAUGUGUGCCUCUGUCAUCAAGGACAUAACGGUAACGGCACAAACUGCAUUGAUCACAACGAAUGUAAGGCGGACAGCCAUGAGUGCCAUCCUAAUGCCAUGUGCUCCAACACGGUGGGAGGUCAUAAUUGCUCAUGUGACCCAGGUUAUGAAGGUCCAGGUACAUACUGUUCAGAUGUGAACGAGUGUGCACGUCAUCUUCACGACUGUUCGUCGGAUGCCACUUGUCAGAACAACAUUGGUAACUUCAGUUGUUCGUGUAACCUGGGAUACAAUGGUGAUGGAAAGAGUUGUGCGAAUGUUGACGAGUGCCUCAACUCUCCGUGCGAUACGAAUGCCCAGUGCACGAACACCAAGGGAAGUUUUACGUGCGUAUGCAAGCCCGGCUACAAAGGUAUCGGUGUGUUCUGUGCGGACAUAAACGAGUGCCUGAACAAGCCCGACAACAACUGCCACCAGGAGGCGACAUGCAGCAACGUGCCCGGGUCGUUCACCUGCCGAUGCCGGGACGGUUAUGCCGGGGACGGCCGCUCCUGUCAGGACAUCAACGAGUGCAUGCAGGCCGGCCCGCCCGUGUGCGCGCCCGUCGGCGCGAACUGCACCAACACGAGGGGCUCCUUCGAGUGCAAGUGCGCCACGGGGUACACCGGCAACGGGGUGUUCUGCACUGACAUCGUCGAGUGCGUGGCGCCAGGCGAUAACGCGUGCAGCGAGAACGCUCACUGCACGAACACGGCCGGCGCGUACGGGUGCUCGUGCAAGGCCGGGUUCACCGGCGACGGGUACACCUGCAGAGAUGUGAACGAGUGCAGUGCGGCGUCCACGUGCGCGUCCAACGCAAUCUGCAACAACACGGUGGGUUCGUACACAUGCAGCUGUCCGUUUGCUCACGAGGGUGACGGUCACACGGUGUGCACUGACAUUGAUGAGUGUUUGCGUGUGGGUAUCUGCGCUGGCAACGCCGCCUGCAGCAACAUAGUGGGCUCCUAUCGCUGUGCAUGCCUGCCCGGCUUUACCGGCGACAGUCACAGCAACUGCUCGGACGUAAACGAGUGCUCGGAGGCUAGUAGCCUGCACAACUGCGACCUGGCGGUGGGCAAGUGCACGAACGAGGUUGGCGCGUUCAAGUGCAGCUGCCCGGUGGGUUACAGGGGUAACGGUACUGUCUGCGAGGAUGUGAACGAGUGCAUGCAGACGCCGGACGUCUGUGUCCAGGGUGCCGGCUGUGUGAACACGAACGGCUCGUAUUCGUGUCCCUGUCUCGCUGGGUAUCGCGAGGACGGCGCGCUGUGCACGGAAGUGAACGAGUGCUGGGAGGGAACGCACAACUGUCACGCGCUGUUCGGCGCCUGCAGCAACCUGAACGGCUCGUACGAGUGCUCGUGCCGCGAGCACUUUGUCGGCGACGGCGUGGAGUGCGCGUCCGUGGACCACUGUGUGACCAGCACGCACAACUGCAGUCGCAACGCACGCUGCAGCACUGGUGAGGAAACGACUGCAGUAACUGGGGCUACAACAACAACAACAACAACAACAACAACACCUGCAGCAGCGGGUGCAGGUGCAGCGCUGCCAGAUUCUUCAUUCAACUGCCAAUGUCUGCCGGGAUACUUUGGUGAUGGCCAUGUGUGCAGCAUCAGCACCAACGCUAAAAGUGGUCAGCAGGAUUCCGGAGCCCAGGCAAUGUUCAUCACUGGCGUGGGUGCUCUGACCUGCGUUGUCGUGAUCAUGCUGGCCGCUCUGUUUGCCUACAAGUCCGAGACCAGAAAGCGUCCUGGCAUUCUGCAACAUCCAAUGUCGGACAUGUCCUCGCUUAGCAGGAGGAAGAACGAUGUCGAUGAGCACCCGCCACAGCUCCAAUUCAACAACGAAGCGUAUGAACUGUUCCUGCAGCACGGAAGCGUAGCUACACCGACAGACGACUGCGCCACUACGGACUACGAGGAGUUUCAGCUGGCCAGAGCCGGCGCCCGCUCCCGCUCCCAGUCGCUUAGCACCAACUACACCGAGGCCAAGCCGGACAGGCAGUUCUCGCCCGACACGCCGGCCCCCGGUCAGCAAGCUGAGCAGAGCCUGCGCGGCGACCGCAGCAGCAGUGUCGGCAAUCUGAGCCACGGAAUGUCCAACUCCACGUCCAACCUCACCGGCGCCAUGUACGACGAAUGGCAAGGAAACGGCAAGCCGAUCAACACGCAACAAGGCCACAAGGAAUCAGGCCACCGUCGCACCAACACGUUCUACGCCAUGUUCUCCUCGUUGCUCUACAGUGUGGUGGGCAAGAAGUCGAGACGGAACAGCGCCACCAUUACAGUCACCUCCUCACCGCGUUGGUCGAGUACCAGCUCGCAGCACGACCUCGGCUGUCGGUACAGCGCAACGGAUGAAAGACUCGUCGGCGACAACCACUCCGCCUCGACCGUGUCACUGCCUGGCGAAAGCCAGGCUGAAGACUUCGAGCAGUCUUGGACGUCAGCGGAUGGCGAUUUCCUCAACGUCUUCUCUCGCAGGCCGACAAUGGAGGGAGGAUGUAGAUUGGCCAGUCCGAGAGGUUCGUCAGUUACCACCGUGCCGUUGAACGAAUUCGAAGGAGACUAUGGUGUGAUCGAUGACCUGAUGAGGGCCAACUCAAACGACUGGGACCCCUGUGACGAAGAAAAGCAGUACGAGGUCGGCAUAGGCGGACAACAUUCUCUAGCUUUGUCCAGUGAGGAUCUGAUGCUGGAAAGCAGCACGGACAAUGCUGAGAGCCCUGCCGCCCCCGCUCAAAACAAUGACGUUCGUGCCUGGAUGCAUCGCACCUUCUCCAAGCGUAACCAGAAGGUCAACAAAUCCAAUCCCAUCCCCAAUGCCAAGCCCGUACCGCCGGGUGCACAAGACGACAACGGCUGCGAGCAAAUUGUCGAAGACAUGUACGAAAUCUUCAAUGUUCGCCAGGGUGGUGCCUGGAGUGAUAGUUCAUCCCAGCCAACAGCAGCAGCAGCGAAGGUGUCCAACGUGUAUGAACUGGGAACAAACAACGAGAGUUCGGAUUGUGGCUCGUGCCCAUAUGAGGCGUGGCAACAGGAUCAAAGCGGGCAGAAGCAGCCCAGCUCGGGACGGGCCCGAACUGACGCAAGUCCCCCAGAUAGCGAGAGGGGCCGGAAAGGUAGCAUCGGUGACAGAAGCAGGGUCGGCCAAAGAAACAGUGUUGGGCGAAAGGUCAGCAUGAGUCGCAUGAAGAAGUUGGCCCUGUUCAAGCGAGCCCAGGGGGAAGCGGCAAGCGGUGCAGUAGACGGCGGCGACUCUGAGUACAUGCCAAUGGAUGCACUGCAGGACGACGACGACCCAUUUUCCGCUAUGAGAUCACGUUGCAUGUCCUCCACCAGUUCCGCCGGCCGUUCAAAGAGCCCGUGGAACAUCGACAGCGCAGUUUCCUUGGGCAAGAUGAAGGAUCAGGGCUUCUGGAUGUCCGAGGACUCCUCUACGGUCAUGGGCGGGUGCGUCACGGCCGGGCAGAGUGCGGACGAGAACUCAGUUCUCUACGAGGAUACAACCGAGAUGUGCAAAGCACUGUCCCAAAGCCACCCCAAUCUCACCGAACCUCUGGGCAAGCCGUUCGCCUCGUGCGACAACAAAUCUGUCGUACCGAAAGAGUUUUUCUUCACAGUGGAGAAUGGUGGCGACAUGAUCCCGCUCAGCGCGUUUGAAACGACGUUGACGGCUGAGGAAGCACAGGCGUUCGCAGUCGUACUGGGCUCUGACAACCAGUUCGCCCUCGUCGACCCCCGCACGAACAAACGUUUAGCCACGGCCAGCCGCGCUCAGGCAAACAAGGCAGUGAGGGCAAUAGCCGAGCAACGGCAGCAGCAGAGCGCGGCUCAGAACAUCUACGACAACAACAGACUUGCAGAGGACGCCGACGCCAGAGCGCGUGCCAGAACCACCACGUUCAGCUGCAGAUCGGAAGCUGCACAGGAGCACAGGCACAAGCUCUUGAAGAAGCCGAAUGGCCAGUACAUGUUCGUGGGCACCGGUGGUGGCGUUAUGCCUGUCAGCAUAUUCAAGACGAAGGUGGACUACAGCCGAGCGCACUUCUACUCCGUCAGCGAGUCCGACGAGGGCGGUGUAAGCACGUAUACGCUCAUGCUGGAAGGCGAUCGCAUCGCAACGGCCACAACACCACCGCAGCAGCAGCAGCAGCAGCACGACGAGGCUAGGCCGACGCCCGACGACGGGCACGUGAACAGCAGCAUGUACAAUGCGUACGGUCUUCCCUCGCAGGACGAUAGCAACACUGCUGAAGGCUCAGCGGUGGCAGCAGCAGGCUGGGGCCGGGGCUCUUUGGACAGUGAGCAACACGCCAGCAGGGCAGCAGCAGACGCACUCUCAAGUUCCGUCCCGGCAAAGUCAAUGCAAGCCAACGGCAAGCCAGUGUUUAUCGACCUCGACGGCAGCUACGCAUUUAAGAGCAAGAGCGGCAGCUCUACACCAUUGACGGUCUUUGGGGUUUCCUUGACCGAGUCUCAACCCGACAUGUGCACCGUGGUAUACACGUCCAACAAGUAUGCCCUGUUCGAUUUCAGUACGUCCAGCCAGCCCCUGGGCGUAGCCUCGGACGAACAAGUCCACUUGGCCGCGGAGGCGAGGCUCGCCGCAUUGGCCACACAGGGCAGGCACGAGGACGAUGCCGCCAGUCCUCAGAAUACGGAAAACUCUUCUGUGCUGGUCACCUCCAGCGGUAACCAGGUGCCCAUCUCGCUGUUCAAAACCAAGAAGCACAUGGAGCUCAACACGCAGAAUUGUCUUGUUACUGAAGCCCCCAGCGGAGCAAUGGCGGUGUUUGAUCGCAAGACGAGCGCACUGAUAGGUGCUGCUUCUCCCGAGGAGAUUGCUCGCGCGCAGUACGCGCUGGUGGGCAAAGCGUCGGUCAGGAAGAAGCCCACCAACAGCACGAACCCACCUCCUGCGCCGUCCAGCGGUUCCGGAAAGGCCGACGAGGACAAGCCUCGCUUCCCGCGCGUCCCGAACCACUAUUCCUACGUGCGCGCAGAGAGUCUGGAGCGCAACAGCCAAAUGAAAGUGGCCAGAAUGUACAGCAUUGGAGCGGGAGCCAUGGACAGGGCGUCAGCCGUAGAGAUGAGCAUGGAUGACUACUUCGCAGAGGAACUCGGUGCCAACAAAUCUGGCACCGGGUAGUUUGAAGAGGUCUCCUCGGAUGCACACCGCUUAGCUCGUGCUCUUCUCUGUCAUGUCCUGACUAGACAACCACGAUGCACUGUUGGAUAGUGCCUUCUGCCCCUUUCCUUCCUUUGCUCCCCACACCGCUGGUUUUGUCAACGUUAUUAUGUCUGUGUUGCUCCCUUGUCUCUCAGAUGCUCGGGGCUGCGAUGAAGAAAAUAUUCAAAUAAUCCAGUAUAUGGCUUUCAUUUUAACACGCGCAAGUGGCUGCGUAGCGAAUUAUCCUGCGCAUGCACCACACAUGCUACGCACGCACACACACACACACACACACACACACACACACACACACACGAGCAAAUUAAUUUUGAUUCAAGUUUACUAAUGGACUGACAAUGCCGAUUCAUAGGUCUCAAGUGAGGCGGCUAUUUCUAGCGCGCAUGCAUUGGGUAUCGUUUCACACACUUCCCUAUCCUUCCUCUUCCUUUGCCCGCAGUUCUCACAUCUUACAAAAGUGUUAUUCUCCUUUUUUUAUUCCGUGUUUGUGGGUCUUCCUUUGCCUGAACUUUUUAUCUUGGUUUCCUACCGUUUUUAUCCCAGGGUAUUUCCCUGCUGUUUUAAUUAUCACAGUUCUUUUUUCCUUGACUAUGAUUUUUCACUUUCUUACCCGACAAACGCAACUAUGCAGUUCUGCAAUACUCACUGUCCCUCUCUUUCUCGCUUUUACUCUCUCCCCCUCCCCUCCCCCCUCUGUCUCUCAUCCUCUCUCAUAUGCCUUCUAUACACAUACCAGCUGCAGCUUGUUGCUAUCAGGCAGUUUCCUGCGGAGUGUACAGUAGUAAUACGGGGCAGUUUACUUUGUUUUAUCAGCUGCUGAAAUAGCCAAAACGAGCUCGUAAUAAAUAUUAUGUAUUCUCCAAGCAUGCCGUAAAAAUAAGUUUUGCUGCCAAGUCUGGUUGAAAUGGAUUUACUAGAUUUAUUGCAGCGUUGUUCAUGACGGGGGUACCGGGUGACGUAAGAACAUUUUAUCGUUUGUUGAGAUUACUAUAUAUAGUUUUAUAGCCGUGUUCCUCCUACCUACUUUUACUU